UGUGACGCGAGCGGACCCGACUUCACGGACCGGGGCGCGAGCCGCCUAAUGGAGACGUGAUCGAAGUCGCGCCGGUAAGUGAAUAAAGUAGCGCAGCGUAGCUUUUCGUAGCGAAAAGAAGAACAAUAACAAUAUGAAUUAUGAAUAAGAAUAAGCGGUUAUGGCGGGAACGGCAGCAGCGUUUCGUUUUGGAGCCCGUGGUGGCGCUCAAGCGAGUUCUCCUUCUCUGCACUUAGCGAGCGCGAACACACACACACAUACACACACCACGGUACACAUUGGCAGUAAACACACAGUACACUAUAGUGCAGAAGUGUGGUUCGCCACCAGUGCUCAUGCAGCACAUUCUGCUCCAUACCUCUUCCUUUGUGCGUGUGUGUGUGUCUUUCUUUCUCUGCGUCUGCCCGCCCGCCCCCCUAGGGCAAGCCCCUCCAUGGCGCAGGCGGGCCGGAGCGGCGCCGCAGCCCACGCCAGGACGGAGAGCGCGGCCUUUGUGGUUUCGGCGGGCCGCGCCGUCCUCGACGUGAUGCAGCUGGACUGGGAGCCGCUGUCGCACGGCGAGCUGGAGCAGCGGCUGGACCGCGCCGUCGAGGACGUCCUGGAGGCCGAGCUCGUGGAGAGGGCCCGGCUCGCCUACGCGGGAACGCACGAGGCGGCGUGCUUCCCGCAGGCCGAACCGCCUCCGCCGCCGCCCCCCCGGGACUCCCCUGAACCGCCCCAGGAGCCCCGAGUCACAGAGGAGCAGACCAGAGCUGUUCAGCUCAUCACGGACCUGCUGCAGACGUCGGACUCGCGCUACAGCAGGAGUCGGCUGACGGGACGGGCGCGGCUCUCCCUCCCGCACACGGUCCUGCUUUCGCUGACUCUGCUCUCCGAGCGGCUGAGCUACCGCUCCCUGUCCGGCCGCUUCCGCGUCGAGAAGGGCAACAUGCACCGCAUCUUCUUCUCGUUCUGCGAACGCGUCAACGCGCUGCGGGAGCAGCACAUACGAUGGCCGACGGGCCCCGAGGCCGAGCGGUCCCUGCUGCCCCUCUCCGACGUCCUGGCCAGGGCCGAGGGCUCGGAAUCCCCUAAGGUGUUUGGCGUCCUGGGGCACACGCGCAUCGCCAUCCGGCUGCCCAGCAGCAAGCAGGAGACCGAUGAAGAAGUGCGCGGGAGCAAGAAGAACAAGAGGGAGGUGCGCGCCGACCCCUGGUUGAAUCUGCAGCUCGUGUGCGACAAGCACGGCCGCUUCCUCUACUGCAAGAUCAGCAGGGACUCGGAGCGGGACAGAGCCGGAGACCUGAAGGAGGCGCUGCAACGGGACCUGACCGUGCUGCCGGCCGGUUCCUUCCUCGUAGCUAAGCUGGGGUACCCUCUCUGCGCUCAAAUCCUGACCCCAUUCCCCCCGGGCUGCAGCCCCAGAGAGGAAGCCUACAAUCGCACCCUAGAGGCGCAUCUGGACACCCUGGACCGGGCCGUGGCGCAGCUCAAAGCUCGCUUCCGCCGGCUGCAGUACCUGGACACGGGCAGCUUGGAGCGGGCCAAGGCCGUGGUCCUGACCGCCUGCGUACUGCAUAAUGUCUUCCUGGGAAUGGGAGAUAGGGUGGAAGCUGCAAACGUGGCGAAGGAGAGCGAGGACGAAGGGGAGGGCGAGAUGGAUGAAGACGGCAUUGUCAAGAGGGAGGCUAUUGUGGACAUGCUGUACAGGACUGCGGAAUUGGGCUGUAACUGAAAACCGUAGUGCAGUAACGUUGUGAGUGGGGGAGAGAGCAAGAUGUUCACUUUGAGGCGAAGGGAAACGAUCCCGUGUGUUAAUUAUGGGCCGUAAUUAGAGGAACCGGUUUGUGGCAUUUGAUUUUUUUUAUUAAAAAUUACAUCUCGAGUGGUGCCUUUAUAGAAUAAACACUGUAUAAUACAACUUAUUUCAAAUGUAUGAAAAAUACUCUUGAGUCUUUACACAAGUUCACUGAGAUGAAAACGUGCACAAGUGUGCACUCUUGUCCUCAAGUAAACUUAAUUUUUUUUUGCCAGCUGCAGUUUUUGUCUGCCUGUACAGCUUUUAUUUGUAUCAUUAAAAUCCUUCUGCACCUUGUAAGAACAGAAAGUCCCGAUGUAGACAAAAGUGCAGAAAGACAAGCUGUUGAAGCAAAAGAGGAGUUAGAAAGCGAAACUUCUCUGAGAGCCUGGGCUCAAAUGUGACAGGGCCAUACUCAUGUAUACAUGCUACGAAAAUUCAAGAUGCAUAAUUUCCUGGUU